CACUUCGCCGGCGGGGUGCUCACCCCUGCAGCUGCAGGGUCUAUGUGCCUAGAGACCCUGCAGCCUUGAGCCUAGCCAGCCUUCUCUCCCCAACGCUUGCAAUGGCGGAUCCUGUUAGCAUUAGUGCUGCUGUAGGAUGGGGCGUAACCGCAGUAGGUUGGCUCGCCUCACCCAUCAUUCCUAGGCUCCUCAACAAAGCUUUCACCGUCCUGGAUUUCAACGCGACGGAGAAGCUGAAGAUAAUUGAUAUGCAAGUUUUACAACUGCAGCGGGUGAUGGAAGUAGUCGACGAGAGCACCUACAGGGCUCGCUUGGAGCCACUGUUAGACAAGCUUAGGUCUGCUCUCUACGAGGCCGAAGACAUCUUGGAUGAUGUUGAGUAUCAGCGCCUCAAGAAGCAGACCCGAGAUGCCAAGUCAUCCGGCAGUAAGAUGGAUUCACUGAAGAAGACUCUUUGGUCUGCCAUGCCAAGAUCCCUCCUAAAAGAUAAGGAGAGUGGUAUGUCAAAAGUGGAACUGAAGAAGAGCCUAGAGAAGAUAGAAAGUGCUAUAAAUGAUGCGUGUGAAGUCACUACUGCAGCCCCUCCGAUAGGAGUAAUUGGUCGGGAUAAGGAUCGUGACAAGAUAAUCGCAAUGCUUCAUGAGAAGGAAGACCUUUGUCAAGCAAAUACUGCCAGUGAUACAUGUUAUUCUGUAAUUGGCAUUCAUGGCAUGGCUGGGGCAGGGAAAUCAACACUUGCACAGUGUGUUUAUGAUCAUGAGAAGAAGUGUAAGCAAGAAAAAUUGGAAGGCCAUUUCGAUAUUGUCAUGUGGAUCCAUGUUUCUCAGCAAUUUGGUUUGGAUUCCAUUUUUAGGGAGAUGUUUGAGGGGGCUACAGGGAAAGCAUGCGAUAACUUCAAUAGUCGUAAUGUCCUGAAGGAAAAACUGGAGGAUGAACUGCGUGGGAAACAGAUUUUGCUGGUACUGGAUGAUGUCUGGUACAACAGUAGGAAUUCAGGAGACCGUGAAGAACUACAAAUGUUAAUUUCUCCGCUGAAUGUUGGAAAGGCAGGAAGUAGAAUCUUGGUGACCAGUCGAACUGAAGCUGGAUUAGUAGCUCCGGGUGCUGUAAAAGAGAGAUGUAUUCCAAUAUCUGACCUAGAUGAUAAAGUGUUCCUUGAAAUGUUCAUGCGUUAUGCACUUCGAGAUGCAAGGGUAAGUGACCACGAUCGGUUAAUACUUGAAAUGAUUGGAGCGGACAUUGCGAGAAAGCUGAAGAGAUCACCACUAGCAGCCAGAACAGUGGGUUCACGUCUCCGUGAGAUACAAACUGUCCAGUUUUGGAGGAGUCAGAAAGAUAGGGAUCUUAUGAACGACAUAAUGGGAGCUCUGUGGUGGAGCUACCAGUAUCUUGAUGAGCAGGUCAGGCGAUGCUUCGCUUACUGCAGUAUUUUUCCCAGGGGAUAUCGUUUGAACCGUGAUGAGUUAGUUAAGUUGUGGGUGGCUGAAGGGUUUAUAAAGACUAGUAAGGCUGAAGAGGAAAUGGAAGAUGUUGCUCAGUAUUACUUUGAUGUAUUGUUGUCAUCCUCAUUUCUGCAAUUCGGAGGGAAAGAAAAGCAAUAUGCAACUAGACGUGAGGUUGAUUACUUUACAAUUCAUGACCUGCUGUGUGAUUUAGCAGAGGAGGUUGCCGGAAGAGAUUGCUUCAGUAUCGAAAACGGCUUCACAGGAGAAGUUCCUGAAGAUGUCCGCUAUCUUUUUGUUCGGACUUAUAAUAGAGAGAUGCUUACUGAGAAGAUAUCUAAAUUGCAAAAUUUACGCACCCUCAUCAUUGAUGAAAUGAUAAGGGUUCCAUCAAACGAGUGCAAAGUCUUUGAGAGUAUUUUCACUAUGUUUACGGGGCUGCGGAAAUUGCGGGUACUGAAUUUACAACCUGGUCUUGAUAUGUUCUCAUUCCCAGAUUCAAUUGGUCAGCUGAAGCAUCUGCAUUAUUUUGCUUUUCGGGUGUCUCCACUUACGAAGCUAACUUUACCGACAGUUUUUACCAAGCUUUACCACAUUCGGGUGGUAAAUUUUGGUUUGUGUGGCAGUUUGACAUCUUCUAGUGGUGAAGAUAUGAUGAACCUAGUCAACUUGCGCCAUGUAAUAAGCAUUGCAGAUAUGGAAUUUCCAAACGUUGGCAGAUUGAUAUGGCUCCACACGCUACCAUUCUUCACAAUAAGGAGGGAACGGGGGUAUGAGCCACAUCAGCUGAAACACCUAAACAAGCUUGAAGACAAAUUAUUGAUCAAUGGUCUUGAGAAUGUUGAGAGCAAGGAGGAGGCUCUUGAAGUCAAUCUUGCUGGCAAGGAAAAACUCAGAAAACUGGUACUCGAAUGGGAUGAUGAUAGCUGCAGUCCAGAAGUUCAAGCAGAGGUUCUUGAGGGUCUUUGCCCAUCAAAGUAUCUUGAAAGAUUAGAUAUUAGCAAGUACCAUGGUACGAGGUUACCGAAAUGGAUGAUGGGUAAGCAUAACGGCGGGCCAAAGAAUUUGCAAGAACUUACAUUCAGAAGAUGGAUCCAACUAGGACCUGCUCCUGACCUUGGGGCUUUCAUUCAUCUUCAGUCGCUAAUUCUUUCUAACUGCAACUGGAAUGCCUUGUCAGGCAACAUGGAGCACCUCACAUCGUUCAAGACACUGGAGAUCGAGUCAUGCAAGAAUAUAGGGUCGCUUCCAACACUGCCCAAGUCUCUUGAGCGGUUUAAAGUCAUGGGCUGCAACUGGGAUGCCUUACCAGGCAAUAUGGAGCACCUCACAGCGCUCAAGCAACUGGAUAUAAAUUCAUGCAAGAAUAUACUGUCGCUUCCAACACUGCCCAAGUCUCUUGAGGAGUUUAACGUCAGCAACUGCAGCAGGGAUGCCUUACGAGGAAAUAUGGAGCACCUCACAUCGCUCAAGAAAUUUGAGAUCUGGUUAUGCAAGAAUAUGCGGUCGCUCCCAACACUGCCCAAGUCUCUUGACGAGUUUAGAGUCAUGUACUGCAGCUUCAAUGCCUUGCCAGGCAAUAUUGAGCACAUCACAUCACUCAGGAGACUGGAUAUACAGUCAUGCGAGAAUAUGCGGUUGCUUCCAACACUUCCAAAGUCUCUUGAGGAAUUUAUCAUCUUUAACUGCAGCUUGGAUACCUUACCAGGCAAUAUGGAACACCUCACAGCACUCAAGAAAUUGAGUAUCAGUAUCUGCAAGAAUAUACUGUUGCUUCCAACACUGCCCAAGUCUCUUGAGGAGUUUGUCGUUACAGACUGCAGCUGUAAUUCCUUACCAGGCAAUAUGGAACACCUCACAUCACUCAAGAAGCUGUAUAUACACUCAUUCAAGUAUAUGCAGCCGCUUCCAACACUGCCCAAGUCUCUUGAGGAGUUCAGCAUUGUACACUGCAGCUUGAAUGCCUUACCAGGCAAUAUUGAGCACCUCACAUCACUCAAGAAGCUGUAUAUACAGUCAUGCAAGAAUAUGCGGUCGCUUCCAAAACUUCCCGAGUCUCUUAAGGAGAUUACAGUCAAUUACUGCAGUGACGAGUUCACACAAUCUUGUGUAACGACUGAUGAUCCAAACUGGCAGAAGAUUGAGCAUAUUCCCAAGAAAACAAUUACAUUCGAUAGUUAAAAAGGUCCAUUCAGAAGCUGCGUGCCCUUUGGCUGAGGACAGGAGAUGGAGCUGCCAGACUCUUGCUAAAUCUACAUGCUCUCUAAAUGCGUAGCCCCUCUUCGUUGGAUUUUAUCUACUUUGGUUUGUUGAAUCUUGCAUGUUUAUGCGUGAAGUGGUGCUGCCCUCAUACUCUCAUAAACUACGGGCACUGCAAAAAUGCCAUGUCUCCAUGCAGUCACGAACAGUGGAUUUUUGAGUUGUUACGAUAUAUGGAUUUAUGAGUUGUUUACUGUCUAUUAUGGAUGUAAUAACGUGGAACGAUGGAACACCAGAUAUGAUUUGCUUCAUAUGUAUGAUUUGUAACAUUGGCGUGUCCAUGAUGAAC